AUGCUAGGAACCACCGGGCCCGAUCUAAUUACCGCCGUGUAUAAAUCCGGCGGUCUAGGUUUCCUGGGCGCUGGCUUUGACUUGACCAAUCUCUCCGCCAAUCUUGCCCAUACACACACUCUCCUCCCCGACAUAACGCCUCUCCCAAUCGGCGUAGGCGUGAUACUUUUCCGCGCAGAUCUCUCACUCUUCCUCAGCUCCCUAAAGUCCCACCCGCCAGUCGCAGUGUGGUUAUUUGCGCCUGAAACCGCGGAGCAGCUGGACACAUGGAUCAUCAACACCAAGUCCCACUAUCCCGAAAUCAAGAUCUUCGUCCAACUCGGCUCCGUAAAGGAGCUCAAAGCGCUAUUAACUGGCCCUGCGGGCGAGGGUGCAGACGUCAUCGUUGUGCAGGGCGUUGCGGACUCUGGGGGACACGGAUUGUGUCGUGGCGCAAGUGUGGUGGGGCUUAUUCCAGAGUUUAGGAAUGUCAUCAGGGAGAGCGGGAGAGUGAUACCAGUGCUUGCAGCGGGGGGGAUUGUGGAUGGGCGGGGUGCGGCAGCGGCUUUGGCUUUAGGUGCGAGCGGUGUUGCAAUGGGGACUAGGUUUAUCUUGACCCCCGAGUGCACCGCAGCAGAUGGAUUCAAGAAGUACCUCCUGAACCUCUCAGACGGAGGUCAGAAUACGACUAGAACUCGAAUAUUCGAUACCCUGCGUGGAACUGGGUUCUGGCCACCGCAAUAUAAUGGGCGUGGUGCAAUGAACGGGACACUUAAGGAUGACGAGAGCGGUAUGGCGGAAUCAGAAAAUAGAGAGCUGUACGAGAAGGCACUUGUAUUCGGUGAUUGGGAGAGAUUGACUAUGUUUUGUGGAACGGGUAUUGGGUCGAUCCAGGAUCUGCAGCCAGCGGGAGAAGUCGUAGUUUCCGUUAGGGAUGGUGCCGUUAGGGCUCUGCGGGAGGCUGCGCAGGAGUUUGCGGGUUUAUAG